GUGUUAGGACAGGUCUCUUAUAGCUAGGGUGAUAUUUGGGACUGACUAGUGCAUUUAGUUACUUUUUUCUGUGGAAGGUGAUCGACUUCAUUGCUAUGUGACAGAUAACUACGUAUAAAUGUGGUAGACGAGCUGCUAAACAGUGACUAGGGACUUCCCACCACAGGAAGUGCAAAACGGAGAACACUGACUCUGACUUUGGAUUACAUCACGCCGUUUCCCCUCACCUGACCAUUACAGUGCAGAUUGAAGGUCAUCUGAAACCUACAAUGCCAGUAUCUGACAGGAGGAAACGCACACCAAAGGAAAUGGUUGACAUUGCUGAAACCAUGCCUAAAAAGCAACAUUUUUGGUUUGGCUCCAAGAAGAGCACAUCAUCUCAUCCUUUCUGUUGUAGUUCUGAAGACAUAACAGACGUCUCACAUCCUUCCACUAGCAGUGCAGUUGUAAGUACCCAAAUUAAAGCUGAGAUGGAUGCUGCAUGUGACAUGUCCACUAGUCAAACACUAGAUACUCUUGAAAACAUUGAUGUAAGCAUCCCUGCCACAACCAGCAGUGCAAGAGAGAGUGUACAGAAGAUGAAAGUUGAACUGGAUUACCACGUCUCCUGUGAAAACAGUGAUGGUACCAACUGCACAUCAGGGGCAAACGUUAAUGUUCCAACCACAUAUGCUACCUACACAGAGUUUCAAGACACAAAAUAUCAAAAAACUGAAAUUUCUUUGCCUCUCGAUGCCAUUCCAGGUCCUUCUGCUACCACAGCAGGUAUAAUUACCCAAAAUGUUAAAGUAGAAACAGAUUCUGCAUGUGACCUCUUCAGUAGCAAAGCAGUAGAGACUUUUGAAAGCAUUGAUGUAAACACACCAGCCACAGCUACAAAUGAAACGGUAUGUAUACAGAAGGUAAAAGUUGAACAGGAUUUUGAUUAUCAUGUUUUCUGUGAAAACACUGAAGCUGCCAUUUGCACACCAAGGACAAGUUUUGAUGCUCCCAGUACGUGUGUUACCAACACUGACUUACCAGAUGUAAAAUGCCCAAAAACUGAAAUUUCUUUGCCUCUCAAUGAAAUAGCAUAUUGUCUGAACUGCAAUAGUCCCGGUGGGUAGAGAGUCUUGAAGGGCCUGCAACGCUAAAAGCACCACUC